AUGAGUUCAAUUGAGAAGACAAACAUAAUAUCAGUUGAUUCUGAUAAUAGAAAAGAAAGUUCGAAUUCAUUGGUCUAUCGUCUUGCUAAAAUAGAUGAUUGUCAUUCAUUAUCUAAUUUAAUAAAUAGUGCUUAUCGUGGUCAAUUAUCAUAUCAAGGUUGGACUAAUGAAGAUGCAUUAAUUUCUAUACCAAGAACAAAUCCCAAUCAAUUAUUUAAUAUGAUUAAUAGUAAUAAAUACAUAUUUUUACUAUUUUUUAGUGAGAUUGAUCAAAUUUUAACAGGAUGUAUUAAUUUACAACAUAAAGAAGAGAGUAAAACUGCCGAAAUAGGUAUGUUUGCUGUACGUCCAGAUUUGCAAGGAAGAGGUUAUGGAAAAAAAAUCUUAUCCAUUGCUGAAAAUAAUGCUAUAAACAAUUGGAAUGUUGAAUAUAUUCAAUUAUAUUCAAUUAUUCAACGACCUGAAUUAAUUGCCUAUUAUACUCGUCGUGGUUAUAUUGAUACUGGUCAACGAUUACCAUUUUCAAUUCAAUUAUUAAAACUUGAUCCUUCUAUGCGAGAUGAUUUAGAAAUUUCUCUUAUGAGAAAAUCUGUCAAAAAAGAUUAA